AUGAGCCAGCAUAAAGGAGGUGCAGUACAAUGUCAAAGCCAUAUGGAACCACAGAAUCUAACAAAUGACUCAGAAUUCCUUUUCAUGGAACUCUCAGAUGAUCCAGAACUGCAGCCUUUGCUCUUUAUCCUGUUCCUGUCCACAUACCUGGUCACCACGCUGGGGAAUCUACUCAUCAUCCUGGCUGUCACCUUUGACCCCCACCUCCACACUCCCAUGUACUUCUUCCUCUCCAACCCAUCCUUGGCUGACAUCGAUUUCACCUCCACCACAAUCUUGAAAAUGAUCCUGGACAUUCAGACUCACAGCAGGGUCAUCUCCUAUGCAGGCUGCCUGACACAAAUGUCCUUUUUUAUGCUUUUUGGGUGUUUGGAUGGUCUCCUCCUGACUGUGAUGGCCUAUGACCAGUUUGUAGCCAUCUGUCACCCUCUGCGUUACUUGGACAUUAUGAACCCAUGUCUCCGUGGCUCAUUGGUUUUGGUAUCACUUUUCAUCAGUCUCUUGGUUUCCCAGAUGCACAGUUCCAUGGUGAUAAAACUCACGUACUUCAAAGAUGUGGACAUCUCUCAUUUCUUCUGUGACCCUUCUCAUCUCCUCAACCUUGCCUGUUCUGACCUUUUCACCAAUAACAUAGUCAUGUAUUUUGUUGGUGCCAUCUCUCAUUUUCUCCCUAUCUUGGGGAUCUUUUUCUCUUAUUUAUUUAUUUAUUUUUUCUUUUUCUCUUAUUAUAAAAUUGUUUCCUCUAUUCUAAGGGUCCCCUCAUCAGGUGGGAGGUAUAAAGCUUUCUUGACCUGUGGCUCUCACCUGGCAUUUGUUUACUUAUUUUAUGAAACAGGCCUUGGUGUCUACCUCAGCUCAGCCAUCUCACAAUCUCCCAGGAAAAUUGCGGCCUCGGUGGUGUACACUGUGGUCACCCCCAUGCUGAACUCCUUCAUCUACAACCUGAGGAACCAAGAUAGCAAAAGGGCCAUGUGGAGGUUCCUCAGCAAAACAACCUGUUUUAAAAUUGUUUUUUAA